UUAGGUUCGCUGCCAGUAGAUACCACUAUGAGUAAAAGAAAAAUAGAGGACACUACCAAUCCUCCAGAAACAAAUCUAGAAACAAAAUCGGUUAAAUUAUCAGAGGAUGUAGUAGACAGUAGUGGUAAAGAAGUACAUAAUUUGGACAACUCAGAGAUUUGUGAUUCAAAAAUAGUUAGUUUAACUGACUGUAUAGAAAGUGAUAAUACAAAAUCUACCAACACUGCUGCUGAUGAAGAGUUGCAAAGACACCUUAGGGAAAGAUUGGAGAAUAGUAGUGAGGAGUCAAAACCUAAGGCUAAAUUGGAAACAAAAGCUCUGAAGGCUAAACGUCCUGGUUUCACAGAUGAUCGGUAUAAUGAAACAUCAUACUACAUUGAAAAUGGUUUGCGAAAAGUAUACCCCUAUUACUUCACGUUCACAACGUUCACCAAAGGCCGUUGGGUGGGCGAAAAAAUUCUGGACAUAUUCGCCAGAGAGUUCAGGGCACAUCCAGCGGAAGAGUAUGAGCGAUGUAUCCAGGCGGGGACGCUGACCGUUAAUUACGAAAAAGUUCCGACGGAUUAUAAAUUAAAGCAUAAUGACCUCCUGGCCAAUGUUGUACAUAGACACGAAGUACCCGUCACUAGCCAACCGAUCACCAUUGUGCACAUGGACGAAGACAUUGUCGUGGUCAACAAACCCGCCUCCAUUCCUGUGCACCCAUGCGGCAGAUACCGCCACAAUACCGUAGUCUUCAUACUAGCAAAGGAAUACAACUUGAAAAAUCUUCGGACCAUUCACAGACUGGACCGAUUGACCAGUGGCCUUCUUCUCUUCGGUAGAACCCCGAAGAAAGCUAGACAAAUGGAGCACCAGAUUAGAAACCGACUAGUGUCCAAGGAGUACGUUUGUAGAGUUGAGGGAGACUUUCCCGAUGAAGUAAUCGAGUGCAAUCAGCCCAUAGAAGUAGUAAGUUACAAAAUAGGUGUAUGCAAAGUGUCACCUAAAGGCAAAGAUUGUAUAACUGUAUUCCAAAAAUUAGGAUAUAAUGGAACCACCAGUGUCAUUCUGUGCAAGCCGAAAACCGGUAGAAUGCAUCAAAUCAGGGUACAUCUUCAGUAUUUAGGUCAUCCUGUAGUGAACGAUCCGUUGUACAAUCACGAGGUGUUCGGUCCGUUGAAGGGAAAGGGCGGCGACCUCGGUGGUAAAACCGACGAGGAACUUGUCCGAGAUCUUAUCCACAUACACAACGCCGAAAAUUGGUUGGGAAUGGACGGCGAUAGCGAAUUGUCGAUGUUCAAUAGUAGAAAAUCAGAUUUAGAUGAAUCUUUAGUUGGACCAAUUGUGCCUAAAGGACGUGUCCUAGGGGAUGACGAGACAGACUCUGUAUCUCGGGAAGCAUCUCCGUGUGAAGAAACCUGCGACAAUGCGUCAACAGCUUCGCAGGAUUCUUCAUCAAGAAUGGCCAUGGACUCGAAUAGUGGUAAUAGUAGUGGUAUAAGUAAAGUUGAGGUUAAAGUGACAGUUGCAACACAGACUGGCCAAGAAGCGCCAGAUUUGGCCUUUAAUCCAGAGAAAAUGACAGUCGACACACACUGCUACGAAUGUAAAGUGCGCUACAGGGACCCGAAACCACAAGAUUUGGUUAUGUACUUACACGCGUGGAAAUAUAAGGGCCCUGGUUGGGAAUACGUAACUGAAUUGCCCGAUUGGGCGCAAGUCGACUGGAGAGAACCCGACGCACCACAGUGAUGAUUCCUCACUAAGCUCUACAUUCUACCCUAAAGUAAUUUUCGUAACUUUAUCUAUACAGGCUGUAACAAAAAUUAGAAAAAGAGGUGUCCAAAAAAAGUGGCAGGGUCCAAUUCACCGCUAAGGAUCGGUCGGUUAAGGAAAAAUUAUUUGCUGUAGACGUUUCGAAUAAUUUUCGGUAUUUCAGUGCUUCAUGGAAAAACACAAAAAUAUAUAAAAUAUGUAACUUUUUCAAAUGUUUAAAAUAUACAGGAUGCUACUUCUUA